CUCAUUCUUCAACUGCAUAAACACCUGUAAAUAGCAAGUUUCUUCAUCAACAAGUUUGUAAACAAAUAAUUAACAUAGUUGCGAACCCCUUAAAAUUGUAAAGUUUUCAAAAAUUAUAAAUUAAUUAAGUUUAACUUGAUUCAAGUAGUUCAAGUGAUCAAAAGUGAAAAAAAUCAAUUAUAAUCAACAUUUAAGACCAGACUGUGAUAUUAGCCACAGAAAAAUCAGCAAAAUAAACAAUUAUCAAACAUCCAGUACAAAAAAACAUCCACAAACUCAACAGACAUCAAGACAAAAUUGAAUUAUAAGCCAUCCAUUCAGUACUUUUCCUUGCUACCAUUUUCAAACGAAAAGCUUUAAAACUGAUCGAUAAAAAGAAUCAUUUAAUUUUUACUUUCUUAUAUUUUCUUUAAAAAUUUCCUUUUAUGAAUUUUACGUCACUAGUCUUCAAUCGAAUAUUGAGCAGAAAGCAGGUUGUUCAUUGUAUUAAAAAGAAUAUUAUCUUAUCGAAUUCGUUAUUUAAACUUCAUACGCGAAAAAUGAGCGACAAACCUAAAAUAAUCUUCGUAUUAGGCGCACCGGGUGCUGGAAAAGGUACACAAUGUGAGAAAAUAGUCGAUACUUUUGGAUUUAAGCAUUUAUCAGCUGGUGAUUUAUUGCGUGAGGAACGAAGCCGUGAAGGAUCAGAAUUUGGUGCUCUUAUUGAGGACUGUAUUGUUAAUGGAAAAAUUGUUCCUGUCGAGAUCACUUGCAGUUUGCUUGAAAAUGCGAUGAUUAGAACUAAGAAGGAGACCGGCAACAAUAAAUUUUUAAUCGAUGGCUUUCCUCGUAAUGAAGACAAUCUUCAAGGCUGGCAGCGACAAAUGUCAGAAAAAGUUGACUUCCUUUUCGUCUUCUUCCUUGACUGUUCAGAGGAUUUGUGUGUUGGACGAUGCCUUAAACGUGGACAAGCUGGAAGUGGAAGAUCUGAUGACAAUUUGGAUAGUUUGAAGAAGAGAUUUAAUACUUACAUGACCGACACAAUGCCAAUUAUUGAGCACUACCAAAAAUUGAAUAAGGUACGGAAAAUUGACACAAGUCCUGGUCCAGAUGAAGUUUUUAAGUCUGUUCAAACUGCAUUGCAACAAGCUCAUGACGAAAAAUUAUUUUAAAUUAGAUCUAAUUGUCAAUUUAAAAGCCGGACGCAAGUCAUUCCAUCGCAAAAUUCUUAUAAAUGUGUCGUAAAACAAAAUGUUUGUGGAAAUUGUCAGUUACUCAGCAACUUCAAAAUAUCUAAUUGUUACUGUUCUGCACCAAAAUUGCUGUAAUGUAUUGUAUUGGAACAAAUAUCCUAUAUUUUCUAGACUAAAUUUAAACAACAUGAGUAGCUCAGAAUUGUGAGCUUAAUUGAAUGUUAAGGAACUAAUUUGGCAUGUUAAAUAGGACAAGUUAUUUAUUGUAAAUCAUGCUUUAAUUGAAUUUAAUAAAAUAAUAAAUGAAGUUUGUGGGAUGUUAUGAAGUUUGUUUUAAAAUUGAGUUUCACAGGAAAU